UCGGACGGAGAGAGAGAGAGAGAGAGAGAGAGAGGUCUGCAGGUCAGGACAUCUGUGUGUGUGCUGUAACUCCCAUGUAAAUUGACACACAGUCAUUAGGGAAUAUACGAGGUGAGUUCACACUGACAGUGCGGUGAGAUGGAGGAUGGGAAGCCGGUGUGGGCGCCUCACCCUACUGAUGGGUUCCAGCUGGGUACCAUCGUGGACAUCGGUGCUGACAGUCUGACCAUCGAACCCCUCAAGGAAAAGGGCAAGACGUUUCUCGCUCCCGUCAGUCAAGUGUUUCCAGCCGAGGAUGACAUCAACAAACACGUCGAGGACAACUGCUCGUUGAUGUACUUGAACGAGGCUACACUUCUGAACAACGUGCGUGUGCGCUACAGUAAAGACAAAAUCUACACGUAUGUAGCCAACAUCCUGAUCGCGGUGAACCCUUACUAUGACAUCCCCAAGCUCUAUUCUCCUGAAACCAUCAAGCAGUACCAGGGCCGAUCUCUGGGGACGCUCCCGCCUCACGUGUACGCCAUCGCGGAUAAAGCCUACCGUGACAUGAAGGUGCUGAAGAUGAGUCAGUCGAUCAUCGUCUCUGGUGAAUCUGGUGCCGGAAAAACCGAAAACACAAAGUUUGUACUUCGGUAUUUAACGACAUCUUACGGGACGGGUCAAGACAUCGAUGAGAGGAUAGUCGAAGCAAAUCCUCUGUUGGAGGCUUUUGGAAACGCUAAAACAGUCCGCAACAACAACAGCAGCCGCUUUGGCAAGUUUGUGGAAAUUCAUUUUAAUGGAAAGAACACGGUGGUCGGGGGGUUCGUGUCUCACUAUCUGCUGGAGAAAUCACGUAUCUGCACACAGGGACAGGAGGAGAGGAACUACCAUGUCUUCUACAGGCUGUGUGCUGGAGCACCAGAGGACAUCCGUGAGAAGUUCCACCUGUCCUCUCCAAACUGCUUUAGGUACCUAAACCGAGGAUGUACACGCUACUUCGCUACAAAGGACACGGACCAGAAGGUCCUGCAGAACCGCAAGAGCCCUGAGCACCUGAAAUCAGGCCCUCUGAAGGACCCGCUGUUGGAUGACCGUGGUGAUUACAACCGCAUGGAAGUGGCCAUGAAGAAGAUCGGCCUGGACGACGCUGAGAAGCUGGAUAUGUUCAGGGUGGUGGCUGGAGUCCUUCACCUCGGAAACGUCGGGUUUGAGGAAACGGGCAGCACUUCAGGAGGCUGUAACUUAAAGAAGCAGUCGAGUCAAGCUCUGCAGCACUGCGCCGAGCUGCUGGGGUUGGAUGAAGAGGAUCUACGAGUCAGUCUCACCUCCAGAGUGAUGCACACAACAGCAGGAGGCGCUAAAGACACUUCUAUCAAGGUUCCUCUAAAAGUGGAACAGGCGAAUAACGCACGUGACGCUUUAGCGAAGGCCGUUUACAGCCGUCUCUUCGAUCACGUGGUCACCAGAGUCAAUCAGUGCUUCCCCUUCGACUCCUCAGCUAAUUUCAUCGGCGUGCUGGACAUCGCCGGCUUCGAAUAUUUUGAGCACAACAGUUUUGAGCAGUUCUGCAUCAACUACUGUAAUGAGAAGCUGCAGCAGUUCUUCAAUGAGCGCAUCCUCAAAGAGGAGCAGGAGCUGUAUCAGAAAGAGGGGCUGGGUGUGAAUGAGGUGAAAUAUGUUGACAAUCAAGACUGUAUAGACCUGAUAGAGUCCAAACUUGUGGGCAUCUUGGACAUUUUGGAUGAAGAAAACCGUCUACCUCAGCCAAGCGAUCAGCACUUUACAGAAACCAUCCACAGCAAGCACAAAAACCACUUCCGCCUAUGUGUUCCCAGGAAAUCGAAGCUCACAGUGCACAGGAACGUGAGGGAUGAUGAAGGCUUCAUCAUCAGACACUUUGCAGGAGCUGUGUGUUAUGAGACGCGCAAGUUUGUGGAGAAGAACAACGACGCCCUGCACAUGUCCUUGGCGAGCCUCAUUAGCGAGUCAAAGGAUCGGUUCAUACGCGAGCUCUUCGAGAACAGCUCCAAAGAUGUGAAGCAGAAAGCGGGAAAGCUCAGCUUCAUCAGCGUGGGCAACAAAUUCAAGACCCAGCUGAACAUCCUGCUCGACAAGCUGCGCAGCACGGGCUCGGGGUUUAUCCGCUGUGUCAAACCUAAUCUGAAGAUGGUGAGCCACCAGUUUGAAGGCGCACAGAUCCUGUCACAGCUCCAGUGUUCAGGGAUGGUGUCAGUGCUGGACUUGAUGCAGGGUGGCUUCCCGUCCCGCGCUCCCUUCCACGAGCUCUACAACAUGUACAAGCAAUACAUGCCUCCCAAACUCUGCCGUCUAGACCCUCGGCUCUUCUGCAAGGCUCUGUUCAAAGCUUUGGGCCUGAAUGAACACGACUACAAGUUUGGACUCACUCGAGUUUUCUUCAGACCUGGAAAGUUUAAAGAGUUUGACCAGAUAAUGAAGUCGGAUCCGGAUCAUCUGGCUGAACUGGUGAAACAGGUCAACAAGUGGCUCAUCUGCAGCCGCUGGAAGAAGGUGCAGUGGUGUGCUCUGUCCGUCAUCAAACUGAAGAAUAAGAUGUUAUACCGGGCCACUUCCUGCGUUAAGAUGCAGAAGACCGUACGCAUGUGGCUGUGCAAGAGAAAACACAAACCUCGCAUUGAUGGCCUGGUAAAGCUGCGCAGCUUGAAGAAGCAGACUGGCAUGCUCAAGGAGGCAGCGACCGGCCUUAAAGAGAGCAAACAGGAAAUGAGCAAACAGAUCCAGGACCUGGAUGCUUCCAUCGACACACUCAUGCUGAAGAUUAAGAGCACCGUGAUGAGCCGCAUAGACAUGGAUCACGAGCAUCAAGCGCUGGUGAAACGCUCCGAGAGCCUCCUCUGUGCCAUGCAGAAACAGAAGCAGGAGGAGGAGGAGCGAGAGAGACUGCGCCGCAUACAACAAGAGAUGGAGAAAGAGAAGAAGAGGAGGGAGGAAGAGGAGAGACUCCGCAAACAAGCAGAGGAGGACAGACGCCUGAAAGCAGAGAUGGAGCUGAAAAGGAGGCAGGAAGAAGAGGAAAGGAAAAAGAGGGAGGAAGAGGAGAGACGAUUGCAGGAGGAGAUGGAGCUGCAGCUCCAAGCUGAGCAAGAGGAACAAGCGUCCCGGCAGACCAUACUGGAGCAGGAGAGGCGGGACCGAGAGCUGGCUCUGCGAAUUGCUCAGAGUGAGGCGGAGCUUAUUCCUGAAGAUGUGGGAGACGGCGGACUCCGCAGUAACGGCAGCGUCCCGUCAUCGCCCGAGAUAGCAACUGUUCCUCCAUCACAAAAACUAAAGGGCUUGACCAUGGAAGAAAUGGCCCAGGAAAUGUCUGAGCUUCUUGCUAGAGGUCGACAGGUGCAAUCCACGAAGUCUACAGCCGGGACCAAGAAGCACGAUCUUAGCAAGUGGAAGUACGCAGAGCUCCGAGACGCCAUUAACACUUCCUGUGAUAUCGAGCUGUUGGCUGCCUGCCGAGAGGAGUUCCACCGCAGGCUGAAGGUCUACCAUGCCUGGAAAUCGAAGAACAAGAAACGUAUUGGCGAGGCCCAGCAGAGGACUCCCAAGUCCCUCACGGACCACGGUUCUGAGCGCCGUGUGAUAAAUGCCCCCCAGACCUACGUGGCACCUCCGGUCCCUGCUCGACAACACGAGAUCCUGUCCAACCGACAGCAACGCUACUUCCGCAUUCCCUUCGUCCGUCCCGGAGAUCAGUACAAAGACCCACUGAAUAAUAAGAAGGGGUGGUGGUACGCACACUUCGAUGGGCCGUGGAUCGCCAGGCAGAUGGAGCUGCACCCAGAUAAACAUCCCAUUCUGCUAGUAGCCGGCAAGGAUGACAUGGAGAUGUGCGAGCUGAAUUUAGAGGAAACGGGUCUGCCCCGUAAGCGCGGAGCGGAAAUCCUUGGCCGACAAUUCGAGGAGAUCUGGGAGCGCUGUGGAGGAAUCCAGUAUCUGAGGAAAGCUAUCGAGAACCGACAGGCACGGCCCACAUACGCCACGGCCAUGCUGCAGGACAUGCUCAAGUAGACAAGCACAAACAUGCACUCGGUCGCUUGGUGGACCGUUAAACCGUGAGAGUGCUGCAAAAACUACACACGUGCACACACACACACACACACACACACACACAAAAUAUCUCAAACCAUAUUUCAAGUACACACACUUGAGGCGUACAUACACACACACACAGACACACUCUAGGUAUAUUUCUAGUUUGAAGGGAAGAUUCUAGUUUCUUUAGUCAUAUUUUAGAUAGAAAUUUAUUGAUUAUUAUUUUUUGCCCUCUUAAUUCAUUCCCUCUUGCUUAUUUUUCGCUUUAAAUAUUUGUGUGAAAUUUCCAGUGAACGUUAUCUUUUAAAUUUUCUUUUUUUUUUUUUUUUUCCUUGCUUGUAUUUUUUUCAUCCGUAAAUCCAUCACUGCAACUUCGAGGCCUUAAUGACUGCGACUGCCACAGUUUAAAGAUGAAUCUCAGUGUACCGUCGUGUUGUUUAUUAUCUGAUAAAUAUUCAUAAGCAAGUGUUAAUAAUUCAGCCAUUCCUAUAGGGAUAUUCCUUUUUUCCCCCCAACUGUGUAGUUCACAAAACCUCUUAACAGCUAAGACUUAAGAUCUAACUUUUAUAUUUAAAUUAAAAUAGAUUAAAUGAAGAAUUUCAACAACUGGUGCGGAAAAAAACAACUUUGCUCUUUUAAAUGAAAAUUUGCACACGGUUUUAAGAACGUUUUAAUAACGAUAAUAGCCUUUUAUUGUUUGUCGAUUAUUGUCAUGGUAACCGGAUAAUUUUUCAGUUCACUGUUUACACUUGAGUUAAAAAAAAACAAAACGAAUAAAAAACAAAAAACUGGUCUAUAGUUCAGGUCUAAACUCUAAACGAUGCACUAUAUUUUUCUGAACGACUUUUCUAGCAUUCCUUUAACCCGUGUCGUUAAGCUGUACCUGAUGAUCUUCCAGCUCCAAACCGAAUGUACAGAGAUUUUUACACGAUUUUACACAACGUCCUUAAAAAUUCGAGAACUAGAUCGCGUUUCUUCCGAUAACUUUAAUCGUACUUGUUCUGCCGAAAACGUUCUUGAAUUUAUUUUAUUGUGACACUCGAGAAGGAUUAACGUUAAUUUCGGGGAGGGAAAAGAACUAUAAUGAUGUGUCUAAAUUAUACUUUUAUUCUUGUCAUUAAAUGAAGUGUAAAAAAUGUAUGCAAUACUUUAUGUGACUAAUAUACUUUUUGAAAAUGUUUGAGAAGUUUUUUUUUCUUUUUUUUAGUUUUGGGCCAAAUAUGUAUUCUAGCAAAUAACUAAUGACUCUAAUGUGGAGGUGGGGUGGGGUGGGGUUGGCCAUUGUGGGGUACGAGUUUUGUACAAAGCUGAACAUUACCUGCUGUGUGUAUGAUCUGACAAACUGGAAUAAACUCGUCCGUAUUCUAC